CACCAUCACCAUCCUCGUCAUUGGCUCACUCACUGCUCUGCUCGUGCUGCUGGGAUUAGUUGCCGGCUUCUUACAGUGGGCUGUUGCAUCACACAUACUCGUUAGCCUUAUUUGGGCUAUGGGGUUCAUCACAUGGAGUACUGUCACCCUCUGCCUCCUCUCCACUCUCUUUGCGGGCGACACGAGUGCGGCCAUGUGGCAGGUGUCACAGCAGGACCCAGUAGGCAACUCCUCCAUGCAGCAGUGGCUGCCUUGCGCCCGGGCAAGCGACGUGCGCCAGGCCAUCAACACCACCGUGACUGCUCUCGCUGCAUCGGUCUCCCUGCUCAACACCUCUGUGGUCACGACCUACCCCCAGGUGUUGACCGCAGUCAACGCCACUGGCAUCUGCAACCCCUAUGCGGGCGGCGGCGCUGACCUCAGCUACGACGUCACCUCCUGCCCGCCCGGCACUCUGCCGCCCGCCGCAUUUUUCAAGGCACUCACCACACUCACCUGUACGAACGGUACAUGCGAGGUGCAUUUCCCCAACGGAACAGUCACGCUGCUGCAAGUGCCCCCAGCGGCGCUCUCUGCCCUGCAGAAUACCUCUGCUGCGCUCACACAGCUCAUAGACUCCGUGCCUGUGCUGCGUCAGAUCGCCAACUGUACCUACGUGAAGGAGAUCUGUGAGUAUGCAUCAGGGCUAGCAAGCAACAUGGAGAGGGAUUUCAACAUGCUGUGGUGGGGCUUCAUCGUCAUCUCAGUCGCCUCCAUGCUACUCGCGCUCGCCCUCCCCGUCUACAUCUUCCGUUCCGCCCACCCGCAAGCGGACCCACGACCCCAGCCACGAGCCCACGUGCAAGCCCAACCGCUGGCCCUGCCUCCCGGGGAGUCCUUCCUCUCUUCUCCUCCCCACACUCCUCCCCAUGAUAGCCCUUGUCCGCCUUGUGCUGCGGAUGGUCCGGAUUCUGCUGCCAGUGGCUCGGCUGGUGCUGCUGAUGGGAUGUCUCACAUGGAAGAUCUGCAGUUUGAGGAUGACAAGGACCAAUCGUCGCUCGCCAGGUCGAUGUCGUCAGCAGCAGAGACUCCCGCAGAUGUCCAGCCGCCUCGCAACCUGUCCGCUAAGCCAGAAUUGGGACCCUUGUCGUCGAAAAUACUGCCUCACCUAUUCAAAUUGUAUGGCUGCACCGCAAGAGAUGAGGACUUUGAAAUUUACUCUCCGGACGCAAAGUUCGACGAUCCCUUAAUGUCAGCUAAUGGGUUGAAUCAGAUCAAGUCAGCCUUUUACUCCAUGCAAGUGUUUUUUCAAGAGGGGAGAAUAGUGGAGUACACUUUAGAUGAGACAUCAACAGGAGAUGGCUCAGGAAUGGUGGUCAUGGACAAUAAGCAGAAUUACAAGGUCUGGGGCAGGCCUUUUGAUGUCGACUCGAGAAUCCAACUCAAGGUUGAAGGAGGGAAGGUGGUUCACCACGAAGAUUUGUGGAAUAAGAAGCCUUUAUGCAAGAACUACCAUCAACACGGGCUGCUCAUACAGACGGGGCAGAGGACGAUGGAGGGGCACAUGAACCGCCUGCUGGUUGCUGUGGAUAACCACCAGGUGGGGGAGGUGGAUAACCCCCUGGCGGGGGAGGAGGGUAGCCCCCUGGAGGGGGAGGGGGGUAACCCCCUGGAGGGGGAGGUGGGUACACAUAACCACCAGGUGGCACUCCUGUAA